GGAAGGGAGACAGGACUGUCCCCAGUGGAGCUCCUGUGCUGCAGACCACGGUGUCAGACAAACAGUUCUGCAGACAGACGUACUGGGGGCGAUUGUGAGGUAGUCCAUGAUCCAUGAGAUCAGGGGGGCUCCACCUGCAUGUCCUUCAGUUUCUCUCCCAGCAGCGCAGGCUGGAUGGUGUUAAAAGCACUGGAGAAAGAAAAGAAAAGAACAUGAUCCUCAUUGAGGCGCCAGGCUGCAGGUGGUUGUAGGUGCAAUGGAGCAGAUGUAUGAUGGCGUCAUCCACUCCUAGAAGGUGUUGAUAUGUGAACUUGAGGGGGUCGUCUGAGGGUUUGACCAGAGGAUGCAGUGAGUCCAGGAUCAGCCUCUCAAAAGCCUUCAUGAUGUCAGAGGUCAGAGCCACGGGACUGUAGUUGUUGAGGACUCUGGGACGUGGCGUCUCAUUCACUGGCACAAUGCAUGACUUUUUCCACUCAAGGGGAACUCUCUCCAGCUGCAGGCUCAGGUUGAAAAUGGUGUUUGUUUGACUGUGUGGAGGUGGAGGUGGAUGAGCCCUGUGGGUGAUGUGAAGGGGGGCGUAUCCUUUCUUCGGUUGACGUUUCUGGCGGAGUCUAGUAUUUUGCUGCCAAACUCAGUGAGAUCAUGUAUUUAGGCAUUUUAAUACAUUUGUAACAAUAAAGGCUUUGACAAAAUUAGCUUAAAUCUAUGAUUUCAACUCAGUAAAAAAAUUUCAAAUGGUUGAGGAGGCCCUGAUUGAUCCUAGACAGUCACAUGGGUUAAACAUGAGAGAGGUGAGAUGUGGCCCCUCCCUGCUCUGCUAGUCUCCAACACGAACGAGGAACGAGUGUUUGCUGUUCUGUCCAAAUCAUGGCUGUGUGGCUGUGUCAGAGUGCUCUGAAAAGACGUGGCAUGUGGCUUUGGCCACACCGUGUCUUUGCAACUCGGGCGUUCUCCACAGAGAUGGGGCACACCUUCGCCUCCCAGGAUCAACCUCGGCCCAUGGAUGACCUCCCUCACGCCAGCUCUGUGAAGCUCCUCUACAGACUGCUGUUUCAGGGUUUCUACAACCGUACGCAUGAGCUCCAGAUCUAUCAGAAGCAGCAGUAUGGGCCCAUAUACAGGGACAGAGUGAAUGGAGUGGUCAUCAACUCUCCACAACAUCUGGAGGAACUCUUGAGAAAUGAAGACAAGUUCCCUUCCCGAGGAGACAUGUCCAUAUGGAAGGAUUACAGAGACAUGCGAGGAUUCGGCGAUGGGCCUUUCACAGUGGAGGGGGAGCAGUGGUACAAGCUGCGCUCGGUGCUCAACAAACGCAUGCUGCAUCCCAGGGACGCCGCCGAUUACAGUGGAGUGAUCAGUGCUGUGGUCACAGACUUCGUCGACAGGAUCGUGUACCUGCGCCAGUGUAGCCCCAGAGCAGACUUAGUGACUGACUUGGCCAAUGAGCUCUAUCGAUUUUCACUGGAGGGCAUCGCUUCCAUUCUGUUUGAGACGAGACUCGGAUGUCUGGAGAAGGAAAUCCCUGCAGGGACACAGGACUUCAUCGCUGCCAUAGCCCAGAUGUUCUCCAACGUCUUGGCUGUGCUGCUGAUGCCCAAGUGGAGCCGCAGCGUGUUGCCCCACUGGAAACGCUACAUCGCUGGCUGGGACGGCAUCUUCAGCUACGCGAAACAGUUGAUUGACAAGAAGUUGGAGGUGAUUCAGCAGCGCGUCGACACCGGGCAGGAGGUGGAGGGCGAGUACCUGACGUACCUGCUCUCCAACCCUCAGAUGAGCGUUAAUGACGUGUACGGCAGUGUCACUGAGCUUCUGUUGGCUGGGGUGGACACGACUUCCAAUUCUCUCACUUGGACGUUUUACCUGCUUUCCAAGAACCCGCAAUGUCAGGAUAAACUUUAUGAAGAGGUUUCCACGUUGGUACCAGCAGACCGGAUGCCGUCUGCUCAGGAGGUCGUCCGGAUGCCGUAUUUAAGGGCUGUGGUUAAGGAAUCACUGAGGAUGUACCCUGUUGUUUCAAUGAACGCAAGGUUAAUAUCGAGCAAGGAAGUUUCCGUUGGUGGAUAUCGGUUUUCAAAGAAUACCCCGUUCUCACUUUUUCACUACGCCAUCAGCCAUGAUGAGGACACCUUCCAGGAGCCAUUCACGUUCAGGCCUGAGAGGUGGCUCCGUGACGGCUGCGACAGGCCCAACGCAUUUGGAUCCAUUCCAUUCGGCUACGGAGUGAGAGGCUGCGUCGGGCGCCGCAUUGCUGAGCUGGAGAUGUAUAUGCUUCUGUUUCGGUUAAUCAGGAUGUUUGAAAUUAAGCCAGACCCAACAGGAGGAGACUUGAAAUGCAUCAGCCGCACUGUUCUCAUACCAGACAAGCCGCUGAACCUGCGCUUUGUGGACAGACAACGGGAAAAUUCAGCCUGAUUUGUAUUUGCAGAUUUUAAAAAUACCUGAUGCAUUACAGUUUUUAUUGAUCUCUUUGACCUGUUUUAUAGUUUCCACUUAGUUUUCAUCAUCACUAUUCCAACAGAGCAUCUGAAACGUCUUGCAAAUGUGUAAACCUCAUUAGAUUGACACAUGUUCCCUCUCUUUUCCAAAGCAGUUAAUACUGAUGUCAUUUGUCAAGCUGGUAUGAGUUAAUCAAGGGAACAAGUGUCUCCAAGCAUCUCUACAGCUUGUUGCUAUCUCAUGCCCUCAUGUCAGGUUCUUCUGUGUAGAAGAGUGUUUUUCUGUCUCAGGCGCUGGAGUCCGACCCCUAUUUGAAGGUAGAUGGGCAGCUCCCAGUCAAUAACAGGCAUCAGCACUGAGCCCGGCGGGCUUUGUUUGGGGCCUCUCCCCUUUUAAACGCUCCCUCCGGCCUUUCCCCACAGCUGUUUUAUAAUAGAAGCAGGAAUAGAAGCCAGGUAGCAUCUGCCUGAUCUCUGUACGUUGAUGAGUAGGGGGGUUUGUGAGAGUUCUGACUUUCUUGCACUCAUCUAUUAACUUCAUGCUUCAUCACGGGACUGUUGUCCUUCACAGAUUUAUCAUCUGUGUCUCUUACAGUAAUACAACAUGUGGGACAUUUGAACUGUCCUGAGCUAUCAUUACGGUUACAAGCAGAACAUAAUCUCAUUUAUCGUAUGUGUUAAUACAAAUAGAGAGUACACAGUCUACACAGCCUACUGUUGAUAGUAUGUGCGUAGAUAAUAAUGCAUUCUCUUAUUUUUACCUUUUACCUUUACCUUACUCAUGUUUCUGAAUAUUUCCUCACCCCUGGUCAGGUUAACCAGGUUAUCUUCCUUUAUAUAUGAUCAUCUCUAUUAAUGAGGUGGCAUUUCUUGAUAAUCAGAUUAAUUUUGAGUGGUGGGAAAAAAACCUUAGUAUUGAAAAAAACAAGAUAUAUCUAAAAAAAUAAAACUAAACACAACAACUGCAUUUGUAUUAUUAAUGUUAAGUUUGUAUUUUAUUGAAACACUUGACAUUAUGUAAACUGUCUCAAGAAUAGUUUUACAAUGGCUCACUCAAUCACAUUUUAUGAGUGGUAAAUCAAAAUUAACUAACAAUCUGGACAAAAAUGUUGGUGCACAUAGAGAAGAGCAAAUGAUGAAUAAAGCUACAUUAUAUAGGCUAUAUAGGUCAAUAUAGUUUAACAAGAUAACUUCCUAUCCAGUAAAACGUGAAAUGGAUCAGCUGUGUGAGGGUGGAUCUGAGAGAUUCUGCAGGUCUUUCCUCCCUGUUGAAGCCAGACUCUACAGUAAGCAAUGUUACAUUUUAAACCCUGUUCAAUAUUCAUAAUAAUAAUUAUUCACCCUCUCUGCCUCUCUCUCUGCCUCUCUGUUUCUAUGUGUGUUUUGUUCCGCUGUGGGACUAAUAAAGGCAUUCAGAUUCUUUUACAUUUUGGCCAGUUAAUCAGAUCAAUCCCCGGGGCAGCCAGCAGGGGGAGACGUCACCGCAUAAAGAACCCCGAACCCGACCAGUGGCGCUUCUCAUCACUGCUGGAGUAACAGCUUGAUGUGCAGGGCAGCACCGAGCC